ACCUGGAAGAUCGUUGCGCAGCUACUUCGAUUACAGAGACACCCCGCUGGCGAAAAGACGCACAAGUGAUCAUAAUGCUGUAAUGUUGUUCAAACGUGGCCCUUGAGCGUUUAAAACUUGCAGUUGAAGCGUGAUCUGGAGCAGAAUGAGUUAAACGGCUCAUCUGUGCGCAAAGCCGAGCGCAGCUCCUCACCGGCAGCAUCUCGAUCGCCGGCCCGGUAAUCAUGUCCGGUAAUGGGACCGAGGAAGCGCCCGACGACAGCACAGAGAUGGAGCAAAAAAGGUUGGAGAGCGGUACUAUGAAGACAGACUUGGAGGCCGGGAGUUGCGGCGCUGCCAUCCAUUGUCGAGAUGUGUGUCGUUCAUAUGGGAAACUUAAAGUCCUCAACAAUCUCAACCUGACAGUGCCUCAAGGCCAAAUCUAUGGGCUGCUGGGGCCAAGUGGCUGUGGGAAAACUACAUUGUUGAAAUGCAUUGUGGGAACUCUAAAGAUCUCACAUGGUCAUAUCACAGUGUUGGGGAAACCACCAGCUUUCCCGGGACAUGAAGUGCCAGGAAGGAUGGUGGGGUACAUGCCACAGGAUAUAGCUCUGUACAAUGAGUUCACUAUCAGUAACACACUAUGGUUUUACGGUCGAAUUCAUGGCCUUUCAUCUAAAGAAACAGAAGCCAGGAUGAAUUUCCUCAUUGACUUCCUAGACCUGCCACAGAAAAACAGCCUUGUGAGAAAUCUCAGUGGAGGCCAGCGGCGGCGUGUCUCACUUGGAGCUGCUCUGCUUCAGAACCCACAACUUCUCAUUCUGGAUGAGCCCACUGUAGGAGUGGACCCUGUUUUGCGGGCCAAGAUUUGGCAGCACCUAGUAGACAUUGUAAGAGGAGGACAGGUUUCUGUCAUUAUUACGACGCAUUACAUUGAGGAAGCCAGACAAGCCAAUACGGUGGGUUUGAUGAGGAAUGGUCGAUUAUUAGCUGAAGGUCCCCCAGAUGCUGUUAUGAAGCAACACAAUGCAGCAACAUUAGAGAGUGCGUUCUUACAACUUUGUGAGGACUCGGAUCAGAUGGGCUCCAAACAGAGUCGUCAGGGCCGUCCGCUGGACAGCAGCCCAUCUCCAGACAGCAUGAGAGAUGAAAGCAGAGAACCCAUUCUGAGAAAGAGCACUCCAGAGGACAUACCCAAAUAUAAAGCUGACUGGAAAGUGCGUGCCAGACACAUUAUACCAAAAUGGCGUAACAUUGCAGCGCUGAUGAUCAAGACAAUGGUUCGAAUGAGGAGAAUGCCUGGGUCCCUUUGUUUCCAGUUCUUGUUGCCUGUAAUUCAGAUCUGUCUGAUGUGCUUGUGUAUUGGUGGAGACCCCAAAGGCAUCGACGUGGCUGUGGUCAAUAAUGAAACCAGUCCCAGUGCCUAUAGUAAAUCACUGCUGUCUUUCCUCGACAACACAAGUGUCUACCAGGUGAGCUUGUCUCAUUCUGAAGCUUUUUCUGGUGUCUAUAAUGGGGAAUACUGGGGCGUCAUAGAGUUUGGGGAGAAUUUCACCAGUUAUCUAACCAAAAGGAUGCUGCAGCCCAGAGUCUCCAGAGAUGUGGUUGAGGGGGGGUCAGUACAUGUUUGGCUGGAUCUGACCAACAGACAAAUUGCCCUGAUGCUGCAGAAGAAACUCCAUGACGCCUUUGAGGCUUUUAUCGAGGCAAAACUGGGGAGUUUAUCAUACAUGGUGGCCGUCCCUAUAAAAUUUGAAGAACCUAUAUAUGGCAAUAAGAACACAGAUUUCACAACUUUUGUGACACCAGGAGCUGUUUUGAGCAUCACAUUUUACCUGGCAGUGGGGUUGACUGCUCUGUCCUUUGUGUUAGAAAGAAAGGAGGGGCUACUGGACAGGUGCUGGGUGGCAGGCGUAAGUUCUCUGGAGACCAUGCUGGCACACCUCUUCUCACAGCUGUUUGUUAUCAGUGUUCAGAUCAUCCUCCUGCUGAUCUUCAUCCUGCUGGUCUUCAAAAUUCCUAAUGAAGGAUCUCUGGCUUUGGUGAUCUCACUGAUCGUGCUGCAGGGAGUGACGGGAAUCUCCUUUGGACUGGUCAUUUCCUCUGCUAUCGAUGACGAGCAGUCGGCCAAUCAGGCCGCUCUCGGAAUCUUCUACCCCAACCUCAUUAUUAGCGGUGUUAUCUGGCCAGUUGAGUGUAUCCCGUAUCCUCUGCGUUAUUUGAGUCUAGUCCUGCCCCAGACCUACGCGUCUGAAGCCCUGCGCUGCAUCAUGUACAGAGGUUGGGGUCUUUCCCGUAUGAUGGUCUGGCGAGGUUUUGCAGUCACUCUGGGCUGGAACACAUUCUUCCUAAUUCUGGCAACGGUCAUUCUGAAGCUGAGAACGUGAGAGGCUCUGCCAAGGAAAGGUGCUUCAGAUGGGGUAUAGUGGUGUCAGAUGAGGCCAAAAGAUGACUGACUCAUGGAUUCGCCAAUCUGAGCCUCUCUCUCUUUCAAUAUGCCAUUCACCCAAAACUGGCCUCCCAAGGACCAUCAGUGUGAAACUCAGGGCAUCCCUCAACCAGCUAAGAGACCUAUUUAAUAAACAGUUUACUGACAAUGUGACACAUAACUCUUAUCAUGAGUUUCACACGGGCUUCAAUUAUUUAAAAAAUCCACCAAGUGUUGAAGCCAACUGUUGGAACUUUCCAUAGACACUUUUUCUCUGUGGUUUAUGUAAUGUGUCAUGAAUUAAAAUUCACUAACUAGGUUUUUAGUGCAUGUUCCAUAUGCCUUGUCUGUGCCAGUAAACCUUAGACUGGGUACAACCAAACACCCAAACCCUUGUACUCCCUCAUCCUGAACAGAAAGAGCACUGCUUAGCAAGGAUUCUUCACUGGGCACAGUUCACCCUUGCAUAGAAGUGUUUGGUUUUCCAAACUGCUGCUUUUGUUUUGUUUUUUUGUUUUUUUAUGAUAAAUGUUUUUAGAUGAGCAAUCUGGGUGUUAAUAAUCCAUCAAGUGCCAUAAAGAAAAUGAAGGAAUAACUGCACUGUUUACAUUUGAGCACAUAGCAGGCCAAAGUUAAACCUGCAAGUUGGAACUGAAAAAACAAGUUUAGUCCUGUGUUUUAAUAUAUAUUGUAUUUGAAAGACAGCAGCACAAACUGCAUUACAAUGCAAGCCAUAUGCUGAGUUACUUGGACUAGUGAAAAUAGUUAGAAUAUUUUAGUGUGCAAUAUUUGAUGAGCAGAAUGCUUAUUUUAAAUAGAUACUAAUUGGUUUGGGGUAUGAAUCUUGUGAUUUACUGUCUUAAAUGUCAACAAAUUUAUCAUGCUUUCAUGUUUUCUUGUUAUUGAAUCUUGAAGUCCAUUAGGAUACUUGAUUUCUAUCUUUACCUUCAAUGACCGGCUCCAGGUUCUGGUUUGGUUUAAAUUCUCUGAAGUCUCUACGCCAUAGUCAGACUGAACCAAUCUAGGCACUGCUUAACUCAGUUGAAAGACUUUGCAUGAUAAAACUACAUUUACAUUUGGUUGACGUUAUAUCUGAUAUCUAUGGAAGGCCGUUUCUGCCACUGCCACUGAAAAAAAAGGUUAUUGCUUUUUAUCUUACAGUUCUUUUCUUCACAAUUCCAAGUUAUAAAAUCAGAAUUGUGACUUGAUAUCACAGAAUUCUGACUUUUCUCACAGAAUUGGGAGAUAUAAAUUUGCUGUUGCGAGUUAUAAAGUCCAUUUUUGAGUGGAAAAAGGCCUGAUAUGUUCACAGAAUUGCGACUUUAUAUCUCUGACUUUAUAACUCACAGCUGCGAGUUUUUUAUUUUUAUUCAGUGACAAAAAUGGGCUUCCAGAGAUAUCUGUUCUUUGAACAGUUUAAAACGUUCACCAACUGAACACUGGCUUUUUAAUGUGAAUGAAAACGUCAACAAGAAAAUGCUGCUGUUUGAGAGUUCUGCAUAUAUUUAAGAUUUAUGAAACGGCCUUUUCAUUAUAGUAAUAAUGAUGCCUACACUGGAAUUUUAUGGUAUGUUUUGAUAGAACGUGACAGUUGAUUUUAGGACUAGCGCUUUGUUGGUUCUAGAUUUUUUUUUGUGUCUGGCUCCGGUUGAGACAAAUGUUUGGCAAAGGUUUGUUAAGUACUGUGCCAUUUUGAAAGGUCAUCGUGUCACCUUUAUACACACACAAGACCAUUCUUUGCUACCUCUUGAAUUGUUGUGUAUAAAGCCCUCAUAUGUGCACACUGACAUUCUCUUGGUGUAAAAUUAUCUUAUGACAUCUUUUUCAACAAUAAACCUUUUUUAAUAAGAUCUUUA